AUGAGUUAUCAACAGGGUUUUAAUGAUGGGUACAAUAGACCAGCUUACCCACCACCACACCGUAGUCAGUAUGUGCAAUCAGGCAGUAAUAUGAACGUUAAUAACGGUAAUAUGAACAUGAACAGCACUGGCUACAAUGGUAACUAUAAUAAUAACACUUAUGGCAACAAUAAUUAUAACACUUAUGGCAACAAUAAUAAUGUCGCUCAGGUCUCGCAGCAAAUGCAAUUCCAACAACAGCAACAGAAUCAACAACAGUUUCAACAGCAAUUUCAACAACAGAAUCCAAACCAAUACCAAAAUCGUGCGCCAAGAAGAAAAGCUUUGCUUAUUGGUAUCAACUAUUUAGGUAGUAAAAAUCAACUUCGUGGCUGUAUUAAUGAUGUCUCUAAUAUGUAUGCUUUCUUAACCUCUCAAUACGGUUACAACGCUGCAGAUAUUGUCAGAUUGACAGACGAUCAAACUAAUAUGGUAUGUGUGCCGACAAGGGCAAAUAUGAUCAGGGCCAUGCACUGGUUAGUCAAAGACGCUCAGCCUGGUGACUCCUUAUUCUUUCAUUAUUCAGGCCAUGGUGGUCAGACUGAGGAUUUGGAUGGUGAUGAAGAUAACGGGUAUGAUGAAACUAUCAUGCCAGUUGAUUUCCAGACACAAGGAGUCAUUGUUGAUGAUGAGAUGAAUGCCAUCAUGGUUAAGCCUCUGCCUGCCGGUGUCAAGAUGACAUGUCUUUUCGAUUCAUGUCAUUCUGGUACUGCUUUAGAUCUACCAUUUACUUACUCUACAAAAGGUGUCAUUAAAGAGCCAAGUAUCUUGAAAAAUGUAGGUUCCACAGGUUUGGAAGCUGUCAUGGCAUAUGCUUCUGGUAAUCGUUCUAAUUUAAUGACGUCCAUUAAUAAUCUAGUCACUACCGUUAGUAAUGGUGCAAAUGGUAUGAGUGAACAGGAUAAGGAGAGAAUAAAACAAAUGAAGAUGUCACCUGCCGAUAUUAUCAUGAUCUCUGGGUCAAAGGAUAAUCAAACCUCUGCAGAUGCUGUGGAAAAUGGUAAUGCAACAGGUGCUAUGUCAUAUGCAUUCAUUAAAGUUUUAAGUUACCAGCCACAGCAGACAUAUCUGUCAAUGCUUAAUAAUAUGAGAAAUGAAUUGGUUGGUAAAUAUUCACAAAAACCACAAUUAUCAGCAUCACAUGAGAUAGAUGUCAACCAAAGAUUCAUUAUUUAG